UCCCAGGCACGGCGCGUUGCAGGCUUGGUGUACCGGACACUGACUGCUCACUCGGCGUCGACAUCGCACGCAUCAGGGGUGACUUCAAGAAUAAGUUGAUAAGUGGAAUCCAUAGGACAAGAAACAAGAUGAAACGCAACAUCAGCUUUUGGGUUGCGGUGAUGAUGAUGACGGUGGUGACUUCAGCUUUAGCUACGCCUUUAGAUUUCACAGAAGCUUUCAACGAAACUUUGCAAGGUUUCCUGUCAAAUCUUGAUGGUAACCUAUUCAUCUCGGGCGACGGAAAUUUCACAAAUGGUAUCCCCAUCUACAUCCCAGGAUUUCUCAACAUAACCGUGCACAUUAGGAACCUGAGCAUAUCGGGGUACAAUGAGAUGUACGCCAAGGAUUGCACCGCUGAUAAUGAGACGAUGGAGGUGAAAAUGCAUAUUCUUGAGCCGAGACUUGAGAUGUACGCUCAAGUCCUGAACAUGAGUGGAGUUCUCAUUGAUAACAUUUUAAUUGACGGCUCUGGUGACGGAUGGUUUUUACUGGAGGACUUCCUUAUGGGCAUCAACGGCACCACCUCCGUCAACGACUGGAGUGAUCCGGACAACCCUGUAGUGGUGUUUGAUGACGUCACUGUCACCCUCGACUUGAAGCGCUGGACGGUUGACAUGCGAGGCCUGACCCCUGGCUCGGACCUGAACCAACUUAUGAACAGCUUCCUCUCCAUGCUCGGUCCUGACAUAUUCGACGUCCUCGCCACUAAACUUACCGACUCGGGCGUCGUGCUUACGAUCCUCAACUGUUUCUUCCCUCCUUCUGGCACUAAGACGACCACCACGACGACCACUACCACGACCACUCCUACUACCACUACCCCUGAUACCACUGCCCCCCCUACUACCACUGCCCCCCCUACUACCACUGCCCCCCAAGCUGUCGAAGAACUAAGUAACGAAGAGCCUCGUAUGGAAGAGGCAAUACCAACAAAACCACCUGGUGUCGCAUUUUUGCAGUGCGUGAGGGAUGGAAUUGGAGGGAUGAACUAACCACCUAUGAUAACUGCAGGCGAUCACUAAUCUUAACCAUGAAGAUCAAAUUUAAAUCAAAAUUAAUUCUCGGGGUAUCUUCACCGCGAACAUUUUUAUGGCAAGAGAAUAAGUAGCAGUAAAGGGAAUCAUAACAAUAGCAAAUUGAUGAACCAUACGAGAAAUUAUUCCGUGUAAGAAAUUAUUGCCUUGUACAUAAAUAGAAGUUAGCUCAUGACAAAUACCAAAGCAAAAUAUGUGACAGCAAUGUACGUUUAUGAGAAUAUCGCAUGAAUUCAUACCAAAUUAAAAAAUUUCCAAUAAAUUUUC